CGACUUGGUGCUCUAACAAAUUGAUGUGUAAUUAACUUUAUUUGAAGGAAAAGUAAAGUGAACCAGACUCGAAUUUAUAGCUCUUCAAGGAAAUUGAGAAAAUGACGACGGCCGAUCGUUCUAGCGGCAGCGGCACUCAACGUGGGGUCAGUCGUGUACUGGCCAAACUAGAGAACUCCUUGGCGGAGGGCGAAUUUUACGAAGCCCACCAAAUGUAUAGAACGUUAUAUUUCCGUUACACAACACAAAAGAAAUACCAGGAUUGCUUAGAUCUGCUGUUUGAUGGAGCACAGAAACUAAUUGCGAGGGAGCAAGAGGACAGUGCCGUCGAUUUAUGUCUUCUCCUGGUUGAUACACUGGAGAAACGUGGCACACAGCAUGAGGAUAACGACAACUUUCUGUGGGUUCCGCGGCUUGGUGCGUUGAUACGCGGCCUUAGCGCGCGCACAGUCGAACGCGAGACUCUGAUUCAACGCGCUGUUAAAUGGAGCGUGACCACCCACGGGCAGUAUGGUCAUCCACUUUUGCAUAAGCUAAUUGCACAUGUCUUCUGGACUGAAGGCAAUAUCGAAUCCGCUCGUCAUCAUUAUCUACUCUGCCAGGAUGGCAGCUUAUGUGGACGUGUUUUGAUUGAUAUUAGUCAAACCAAGGGUUUCAAAAGCGAGGUCGAUCUGUUUCUGGUUCAGGCGGUGCUGCAGCAGCUGUGUCUCAGGGAAAGGAAAACUGCAGAGGACACGUUUAAGGAGUAUACACGAUAUCAUGAGAAACUAUUGAGACACGAGUUCCCAUUUAAAGAGCCGCUGGUCAAUUUUCUUUAUUUUCUGUUUCGGCUCAUCGAGACAAAAAGCGUCACCGGCUUCCGGGCGUUGCGCAAGCUUUACGAUCCGUCUUUAAAGCGAGACACUUCGUUUCUGAAAUAUAUUGGUAAGAUCGGUGUUAUUUACUUUGGUGAAGUGCCCGAGCAGACGCAUGUUGGCCCUACAGGCCUCGGAGGUAUGUUUGGCGAUAUAUUCAACCGGUUGAUGCAAGGAUUCGAUGAAGAAGAUGAGGAGGCAGGUUCAACGCCUAAUUCCAACAACGAGCUUGACUAGCAGCAGCCGCAUUGGCAUUGGGAAUGGCAGUGGGCAACGACAUGGUUCUUACUAGUUUUGUGCUCUUUUAGUGGACGAACCUCAUUGGCACUUAUACACCGGGCUUUCCUUUGCAUUGUUAUUAUUUUAAUAUUUUGUAUUCAAAAUAAUUACAUCUAACACUUUAACUGUAGACACCAUACUUGCAAUGUAGAUUUACAUAAAGUUUGAGCGUUGAAUUAAAAGAAUAAAAUAUAUUUGCUAAAUAAACCAA